UCACCACCGAAACCCAAGUACCCAACCUCCCUAAACACACCAAGCUGCCCAGUCCGCCGGCCGGCCGUUCGUUGGUCCCGACAUGACCGGCGGCAAAACUGGCCCGGGCGCCAGCAGGCGCUGGAGCGACGGCGAGACGUGUGUUCUCGUGGACGCUUGGGGCCCGCUGUAUAUCCACCGCAACCGCAGCUCUCUCCGCAUGGAGGACUGGCGCAUGGUGUGCAGCGCCGUCAACGCACACCACGCUGCCGCCGGGCUCGACCUCAACCGCAACGAGGCCGCUUGCAAGAGGCGCAUCUCUAUACUCACGGCCCAGUACUACAAGGAGGAGGUCGCCAAGGGGGGUCUGACGUCGGGCUGGCGCCACUUUGCCCGCCUCCGGUCCUUCCUGGACGACCCCAUCGGCCCGCCUCCGGGCUUCGACGCCAAGACGCCGCCGGGGCCGUCUGUCAAGAAGGAGAAAAAGGUGGAGGAGGCGAGCGGAUGUGUGGGUGAGUCGGCUGGCAAGACCAAGGUCCAGGCGAAGCGCCAGCCCCGCCAUUUCAGCCUACAUGACAUCUAUGAGCGGUCAGGCGGCCCGUCUCUGGAAAAGACGCCGGCGACCAUCAAGGAUGAAGAGGUGGUCGGCUGCGGGUGUGAGUUGGUUGGGGGUUCGCCGGCGGGGGUGACGAAGCUGGUGGCGGAGGUGACGAAGCUGGCGGAGGUGUUUGAGCGCGUGGAGAGGGAGAGGUUCAAGUUCGAGAAGGAGAUGCGCAAGGUGAAGAAGGAGGAGAUGGAGACGGAGGACGUGAAUCUGGAGCGCAAGAAGAAGGCCAAGGCCGAGAAUCCCGACAACUAACAUCCUGGCACAGGGGAUUUGAUCGGCCGGCCGAUGCGUGUAGGCUGAAGAUCCAGCAGAGUAGUGUCUGUGCUUCAUUGUAUCUUGUUUUACACCUAGUUUUAGUUUAUUUACUGCCUUUGUACUUGUACUACGUACUCCGCACUUACCAUGUACCGUAGCUAGUAGUUAAUUAUUCCAGCAAACAAGAAUCACCCCCAGAUUACAUACAUAUCGAUGUGUGCAUUUUAAAUCUGUAUAAGAUGAUUGCAGUAUUUGUAUAAGAUGGUUGUAGUGUUUGUAUAUGA